AUGACAAAACCUCCCGUGCCGGGCACCUAUGUCAUCGUUAAUAGGGCUCUCUCUCUAAAUAACGAAAGGCUUGCGAUCACCUACAACGGUCUAGAUCAGCCUUUUACUGUGAACAUCAAGACCGGUUCUUCUCGCCAGCUUUGGAUCGUUCAGGAUCACGGCCAUAACACCCGAUCCUUGGUUCCUGUCGAUGCUACUGACCUCCAAGCUGCUCGGGAUGCAGGCUGCGUGACAGCACUUCCAGCACAUAAUUAUGUAUGGACCAUUAUAAAAACCGACUCAGGAUUCAGUAUUCAAGAUGAUGUAGGAACUGUGUUUUGGGGAGUUGCGGAUGCAGUCGACAAUGCUCCGGUCACCAUUGAACCCGAUAACGAAAAGCACAGGUGGUCUUUCGAACAAGUGCAGUAG